AUGACGCUGAUCAGCAUCGACAGUGGACGUGGUAAUGAAGCCAUGAGAGGCCUCGCUGACACUCUUGAAAUGCCACUGAUAUCGCUCACUGCACCACUUUAUCCUCAAGACCCUCCCAAUUUUUUCGAAGUGUCAGUACGACCGUCUCCAGCUGAACUUCUCGCCGAUUUCGUUAUUCACAAGGAAUGGCGUGAGAUCAUUUUGUUGACGGACGGAGAACAUUACAAAACACCGGACACUUUACUCGAGCAGCAACUUUUCAAUGCCCACAUCAGUAGGCCUCCCCUUAUUCAUGCAUUCUGUGAACAACUUUGCUUGCGCUCCAUCCAAACUGGUGUUUCACUGCCCUGGUUAUGGCAUCACCUACAUCGGAAAUCGAACGCAUCUACGAAAGCUCAACUGUUGGAACUGCCCAGAGAUCCCGCCAAGUUCAGUGAUUUCCUCAGAAAUUUCAACCUCCGGCGAUCAAAUCACACCAACAGGAUUCUGAUCGACACUACGUCGUCUUCUCGGCAACAAAAAUUCCUCGCUGCUGUACGCACGGCGCAAUUCAGUCAAGCCACUUAUCAUUACGUCAUUGCCAAUUUUCUGAUUAAUAAGGAAAGUCGUGCCUAUUGGAAUUUGAAGAAACAUUUGAAAAAGCUGGACGACAACUUCAUUAACAACUACGACGAUGUUGAUAGCAGAGGCGCGCUGGCCUACGAUGCGAUGCUGGUUGCCUUUUCCGGCUUUUCCAAAUGCCUUUCCACCAACGAUUCGCUGUUCCAUGGAACAUUCCGGCAUGGACGAUUUUUCAACAGAGGAUAUCCAGGAAUAUACUGCGAUCCCUUGUCCGACAGAACGCAUCCGUCCAGACCAUUUGCCUCAUUCGAACAUGGGAGAACUGUAACAAAAGCAUUGAGAGGAAUGUCCAUUGACUCGAAACAGGGAACGCUCACCGGUACCAUCGAAUUUGAUCGGUUCGGUCAUAGGAAGAACUACGACGUGGCCGUGAUCGACCUUGUUUCCAACACCAAAGCUACGUUCAACAGCAAAGAGGUCCUUGCGUGGAGACAAGGCGCGGGUUUUUUUGCUGAUCGCACUGUAGCACAGCACACCCGUAAGACAAUGGUGAAUCGGUACAAAAAUAUUGUUCGAGUAGUUACCGUAUGGGUAGCUCCAUUUGUGAUGACAAAACGCGAGUGCGCACAGCCAAACAAUCGAACCGAGUGUGAGGGCAAUAACAAGUACGAAGGAUACUGCAUUGAUCUGUUGAAACUGUUGGCCGAUCGAAUCGAAGGCUUCAACUUCGAGGUCUAUCUGGGUGAGAAGACCGGUUCGAAACUACCCGAUGGCAGUUGGGAUGGCAUGAUGGGUGAUCUACUUACUGGAAAAGCUGAUGUCGCUGUCGCUUCACUCACCAUCAACCAGGUCAGUCAUUGUGACAAUUUAUGUAUUAAGUAG